AUGUCGCAUACUCCAAGAGCAAGGAAGGACGACGAUGGCGACGAUGUGGCCAGCGCCGACCCGAACCCGCCGACUGUAGCCUCGUUCUCGCCGGUAACCCUCUCGCACGCGACCUCUGCGAACAAGCAACGGUCCACAAUUCUCGUCCACCAAAAGUCGCCGCUCUUAGUCGCGACUCCUCCGCAGAUCACUCGAGCGUUGGCCUACUCACAUCCCUUCCUGCUGCCUCUCAACAAGCUUGCUGGGUUGCUGACAUGGACAACGGGAGAUCCGUGGGAGAGCUUCUUGCUUGUGGCUAGCUUCUGGGCCAUAGUCUUGUACGGGGAUGUGGUGAUGCGAUGGGCUGGUCCCGUGGUUAUUGUUAUAGCCCUGAUAUUGGGGAUGUAUUCGAGGAGGUAUUCCCCUCUCUCAUCGACAGGAUGGACGGGGGAGAAGGGGCAGAAGAAGGCACACAAGAGGAUGGACUCCGAAGCCACGAAUACAAAACACCAAAAGACUCUCGAUGAGAUGGUUGAAUCAUUGAAGGAGUUCACAUCGAGAUGCAACGUCCUCUUGGAUCCUCUCCUAGAGCUUACCGACUUCCUCUCUACCCAACGAACCGCAACCUCUGCCACCACGCGACCAGCUCUUACCACCCUCCUUAUCCGCAUACUCCUCGUCACGCCCCUAUGGAUCAUCCUUACACUUCCCCCACUCCAAAUUAUCACCACCAAACGAUUGGUCCUCGUUGCGGGAACACUGUUCCUGACCUGGCAUUCAAAACCAGGCAAAGUAUCCAGAGCUAUCUUAUGGAGAUCUGCUCUUGUACGCCGGAUAUGUACUGUAGUAACUGGGCUCAAGUUCACAGACACAUUAGCCCCGGCACCCAAAAACUCACCCGAAUCCACCCGCAAGCCCUCUGUAUACCAAGCGGAGGCAUCACAUGCUGCAAAUGCUGCAGGGAAGAGGAGGCCAGAUGCGCCAGGGGUGCGCUUCACGUUUAUACUGUACGAAAAUCAACGGAGAUGGGUUGGCUUGGGCUGGACCACUUCAUUGUUUGCGUAUGAACGGGCUGCAUGGACUGACGAGCAUCUAAAUCCGGCGCCCUCGAAGGAUGACUUCGAAUUACCGGAUGUGGAGAGUGGUGGCGCAAGAUGGCGAUGGGUUGAAGGUAGCCGGUGGCUUGUUGAAGGCGCUGGGGAGUUUGACGAAGGAGGUAUCAAGGCCAAGCCGGACGCUGAUGGCGGGCAAGGUUGGAUCUACUAUGAUAACAAGUGGAGAGAUGGCCGACGUGGUCAAGACGGUUGGGGAAAAUACACCAGAAGGAGAAAAUGGUAUCGAGAUGCAGAACUGGUUGAAAUAUCUCCCAGCACCGAGGUCACGCCGUCACCGACGCCCACCCGCAACGCCAAUGCCGACGCCUCACAACAAACCCCCAGUGCCAGCAGCGCUUCAGAACCGCCGUCGGGGUACGCAGAAAGUGUCAAGAGUCUCGACAGCACGAAAAGCUCGAAAAGUUCCAAGAGUUCGAAGAGUUCGAGAAGUUCGGGCUUUAGAGCAGAGAGCUUGAGGAAAGGCUCCACGAGGAGUCGGACGAGUAGUUUGAAUUUGGGAAGUGAUGAUGAACAGCCACCUCGGCCUCGAGGAACAGAUUGGGGAAUUGGUGAUGAUGCGAGGAUGGGAUUAGAGUAA